UUCAUAAUGGCUGCCACUGACGAUGGUUUGAAGAAGCUCGAGUACCUUUCCUUGGUUUCCAAGGUCUGUUCAGAGCUUGAAACCCAUAUAGGGGUUGGGGACAAAGUUCUGGCGGAGUUCAUCACUGAGUUGGGACGAAACUGCGAGACGGUGGACAAGUUCGACACCAAAUUAAAGAAAAAUGGUGCCGAGAUGCCCGAUUACUUUGUCCGUACACUCCUCACUAUCAUUCACGCUAUUCUUCCACCGAAGCCAAAGCCGGAGAAGGACUCGAAGGAAGAGAGCGCUUCUGAUGGUAGGAAAACCAAGUUUAAGGCUUUGGCCGUCGCAGAUAAUAAAGAUAGAAUCAAGAACAUCGAGAAGGAAAUUGAGAUGGAGACCAAGGAAAAGCGAAACAGAAGAGAAGAACAAGAUGAAGAGCGAGAAGAAGAUAGGCGUAGAGGUAGUGAUAGAUAUAGGGAAGGAGAUAGAGAUAGAGAUCGAGAUAGACACAGAGGAGGUAGAGAUAGAGAUGGGAGGGAAAGGCGAAGGGAAAGGUAUGAUAGAGAUGAGAGGCGUAGAGAUGCACAUUAUAAUGAUGAUGGUGAUUACAGGGGAAGGCAUACAGAUCGAUACAAUAAGCAUAAGAGAGAUGGGUAUGAAGACGAUGGAGAUGUUAAAGAAGAUGGUGAUGAUAGGAGAGGUAAUAGGGAUCGGCAGAAUGGCCAGAACCAUUCGGAUGAGCCCGAAUUGUAUCAGGUUUAUAAGGGCAGGGUUUCAAGAGUGAUGGACACCGGUUGCUUUGUUCAGUUGAAUGAUUUAAGAGGGAAGGAGGGUCUGGUUCAUGUUUCACAGAUGGCAACUCGGCGAAUUAGCAAUGCUAAGGAUGUGGUAAAGAGGGAUCAGGAAGUUUAUGUGAAGGUGAUUUCAAUUUCAGGUCAGAAGUUGAGCCUUUCGAUGAGGGAUGUUGAUCAACAUACAGGGAAGGAUUUGCUUCCCUUGAAGAAGAGCUCAGAGGAUGAUGCUCAUAGGACGAACCCAUCUUUUUCAAGGGAUGGACCUGUGACUAGGACUGGUCUUUCUGGGAUUAGGAUUGUGGAAGAAGAUGAUGUUGGCCCAUCGCGCCGGCCAUUGAAGAGAAUGAGCUCGCCAGAGAAGUGGGAAGCCAAACAGUUGAUUGCCUCAGGUGUUUUGGGUGUUACAGAGUAUCCUACGUAUGAUGAGGAAACUGAUGGGAUGCUUUAUCAAGAAGAGGGAGCUGAGGAAGAGCUUGAGAUUGAGCUCAAUGAGGAUGAGCCAGCCUUUUUAAAUGGACAGAGCAGGUAUUCUGUUGAUAUGUCACCUGUGAAAAUCUUUAAGAAUCCAGAAGGGUCACUAGGUCGUGCAGCUGCUCUUCAGUCUGCACUCAUUAAGGAGCGUAGAGAAGUGCGUGAGCAGCAACAAAGAACCAUGUUGGAUUCUAUCCCAAAGGAUCUCAAUCGUCCCUGGGAAGAUCCAAUGCCAGAGACUGGUGAGAGGCAUCUUGCACAAGAACUUAGAGGUGUUGGUUUGUCGGCAUAUGACAUGCCUGAGUGGAAGAAGGAUGCUUUUGGGAAAACCAUCAGUUUUGGGCAGAGGUCAAAACUCUCAAUCCAGGAACAGAGGCAGAGCUUGCCUAUGUACAAGCUGAAGAAAGAAUUGAUUGCAGUGGUGCAUGAGAUCCAAGUGCUUGUCAUCAUUGGUGAGACUGGUUCGGGUAAGACAACACAGGUAACGCAGUAUCUUGCAGAAGCGGGUUACACGACAAUGGGUAAGAUUGGUUGUACACAGCCACGUAGGGUGGCUGCCAUGUCUGUGGCAAGAGUUGCUGAAGAGUUUGGUUGUCGUUUAGGAGAGGAAGUAGGCUAUGCAAUUCGUUUUGAGGAUUGCACUGGUCCAGAUACUGUCAUCAAGUACAUGACUGAUGGUAUGCUUCUUAGGGAGAUUUUGAUUGACGAGAACCUUUCUCAGUAUUCUGUGGUCAUGCUUGAUGAAGCUCAUGAGAGGACAAUCUACACGGAUGUUCUUUUUGGACUACUGAAGAAGCUUGUGAAGCGGAGACCAGACCUUCGUUUGAUUGUCACAUCUGCUACUUUGGAUGCGGAGAAGUUUUCCGGUUAUUUCUUCAACUGUAACAUCUUCACCAUCCCUGGGAGAACUUUUCCUGUAGAGAUACUCUACACUAAACAGCCGGAAAGUGACUACCUUGAUGCAUCUCUAAUAACUGUUCUACAAAUACACUUGACAGAACCUGAAGGUGACAUCCUUCUUUUCUUGACUGGACAAGAAGAGAUUGAUUUUGCAUGCCAGUCUCUUUAUGAGAGGAUGAAAGGUCUUGGUAAAAAUGUCCCUGAGUUGAUUAUCCUACCAGUGUAUAGUGCCCUUCCUAGUGAAAUGCAGUCAAGGAUAUUUGAUCCUGCCCCACCAGGUACAGGCCCUGGGAAAUGUUACCGCCUCUACACUGAGAGUGCAUACCGCAAUGAGAUGUCCCCUACUUCAAUUCCAGAAAUCCAGAGGAUAAAUCUUGGGACUACUACACUUACAAUGAAAGCUAUGGGGAUAAAUGAUCUCUUAUCUUUUGAUUAUAUGGAUCCUCCUUCACCCCAAGCACUCAUUUCUGCCAUGGAACAAUUGUACAGUUUAGGAGCACUGGAUGUGGAGGGGCUGCUCACCAAAUUGGGUAGGAAAAUGGCUGAGUUUCCUCUGGAUCCACCCGUGUCUAAGAUGCUAUUGGCCAGUGUGGACCUUGGAUGCAGUGAUGAGAUCUUGACCAUCAUUGCAAUGAUUCAGACUGGUAAUAUUUUUUAUAGGCCUAGGGAAAAACAAGCCCAGGCAGAUCAGAAGAGAGCCAAGUUUUUCCAGCCAGAGGGAGAUCAUCUGACUUUACUUGCAGUCUAUGAGGCAUGGAAAGCUAAGAAUUUUUCAGGGCCAUGGUGUUUUGAGAACUUUGUUCAGUCUCGAUCCUUGAGGAGGGCACAGGAUGUCAGAAAACAGCUUCUCAGCAUCAUGGACAAGUAUAAACUAGAUGUUGUCAGUGCUGGAAAGAAUUUUACAAAGAUCAGGAAGGCAAUUACAGCAGGGUUUUUCUUCCACGGUACUAGAAAGGACCCGCAGGAGGGUUAUAGAACCCUAGUGGAGAAUCAACCAGUUUAUAUACACCCAAGCAGCGCCCUCUUCCAGAGACAACCAGAUUGGGUGAUCUACCAUGAGCUGGUUAUGACCACAAAGGAGUACAUGCACGAGGUGACGGUUGUCGACCCCAAAUGGCUCGUGGAACUGGCACCCAGGUUCUUCAAAGUGGCAGAUCCCACCAAGAUGAGCAAGCGCAAGCGUCAAGAACGUAUUGAACCGCUAUAUGAUAGAUACCAUGAACCUACCCUAAACUCUUGGCGUCUCAGUAAGCGACGUGCUUGAUGUGUGUCAUCUGCUGCUUUUGGUUUUUCUGUAUGGAUUCAAUGUGAAUAUCUUGUAAUUAUUUGAGCUAAUUUUUGACAUUAAGUGCACAAAAUUUGUGUGGCUUCAUUACUUUUUAACAUCCUCGUGAAAUUCCUUCAACAUC